AUGUCUGAAGAGCGCAAAUCUGAAUUUUGGGCUACUCAGCCAGUAGGAAAGGCUUCUGCCCCUCUAGCUAAGGACCAAGAAACUCCAAAUACCGCCCCAAAACUUCCCAUGGAAUUAUCCGAUGAAAUUUCACUUAAAACAGUUGAAAUAGAUAAGGAAAUGGAUAAACUUCAUGAAUUACUAACCAAUCAUUAUGUGGAGGACAGUAGAGCAAUGUUUCGUUUAGAGUAUAGUCGGGCCUUUUUAAAGUGGCAGUUACUAUCUCCGGAUUCUUUUCCCGAUUGGAAUGUCGGGUUGUACCAAGGCGAGCACUUAAUUGGGUUCAUUUCGGCCUGUAAACUCCAAAUCCAGAUAGGCGGUGAUAAGCCUCCUACAGCCGUGGUUAACUUCUUGUGUUUAGACCGGUCCUUUAGGAAGAAGAGACUAGCACCAGUGCUAAUCAAGGAAAUAACCAAGCGAGUCAACCAGAAAGGGAUUUACCGAGCCCUCUUUACCUCUGGUGAAGAGUUGCCUUUCUUCUGUACGCGUGCCCCUUACUACCACCGUAUAGUCCAAGCAGAUCAAUUGGUGGCCCAAGGGUUCUGUUCCCCACUUGACAUUAAGCCGGACACAGCGAGUACGCCUACUCAAUCAAGAUUCCGCCAAGCCAGAGUAGAAGAUAUGCCAGCUAUUCACCAGAUGUACCAGGCCAAGUACGGCCAGAAGCACUUACAUGCUUGUUUAACUGCCGACCAAUUGGCCUACUACGUUCAGCCCCGGCCUAAUCUAGUAGAUACACUUAUUUCACUGGAUGGUCAAGAGUUUAUCUCCAUUUAUUUCAUUGAUACUAAAGUACUAAGUGAUAACUCGCUUAUCAACACAGCGUACAUCUACUACUACUCCAUUAACGACCGCCGGCAAGCUUUCGAUGCCCUUGUUGCCUACUUAAAAGCCAAUACGUCCUGCAGUGUCUUAAAUGCCUUAGCCGUUGAAGAGAACACACCCGAACAGCUCGAACAAGAAGAGUUCUUAUGUGGUGAUGGCGUACUUAACUACUAUCUCUUUAAUUGGGAUACGCCUCUAAUUAGUGCGGACAAAAAUGGAUUUAUUCCCUUCUAA